GCUUGGUGGUACCCACUAUAGUUUUUUUUUUUAAUUUAUAAUGCUGGGAUCAAUUUUAAAAGUAAACCUUCCCACGUGACUUACAUAAUUGAAAAAAGUGGUCGAUUGGAGUUACGCUACCUAAUCAAUUUGAAUUUUAUUGUUCAUCCUUUUUUUUUCUAAUUCGUGCAGUGCAAUCAUUACAAUAGUGUGAAGAGAAAAAAAUAUUUGCUUUCGAGAAACGAAAUCCAAUAGGACACAGCGGUAACUGGAAUUAGAAAUCAAACGAUGUAGCAUCGAAAAUAUUUAACAAAGAAAUUAUUGUAUUUGUAAUAUUUAGAAACUGUGUUUUUCUUUUGUGAUUUUCAAACAAAAAUUUUCAGUGAGUUAUGAACGAAUUCUCAGUGCUACGUUUGAAUUGCAAUAAGAGUGAUGGAGGAUUGAAGUGUAAUAAUAAUUUUUUACAACAAUUAUAAUAAUAAUCAACGCAGUUUUCUUCAUUCUCGUAGACCAUAUUGGAGUCUAGACUCUAGAGAGUUGGAGAGAGACAGAAAGAAGAAGAUAGAGUGAGAGGAAGGUAGAGACGGAGAGAGAGUGGAUAUUAUUUCUCUCUUCAGCUUGCUGCAGGCUGUGCUGUCACUUUAAAGAUACAGAGAGAAUAUUUGCUUCGAUAUUACUUCCACCGAAGCCAUGGUGUCCAGAAGGAAGAUACUCUCCAGGUCCAGAGACAACCUAGCAGAGGCUCAGUAUGAGGAACAAGAAGAAGAAGACGUUUGGUAUAAUUUGGAUAAACUUUACAAGGACCACAUACAAGAGGUUCUAGACAAGUGGAACCAGAUCGACGACGAGAUUUGGGCAAAAGUAAUUGUCUUUGAAAGAAACAGAAGGGUCGCCAAAGCCUAUGCAAGGGCUCCGGUCCUCACUGUGAACGGAUCAAACGACGGAUUCGACGGUUUUAGGAUAGGAUUAUGCGGCUUCGACAACCCUAUGAGAGACCAAAAGACAGACGAGGCAAAACGUCACAUAAAUCAGGGUGUUAAAAUAAAAAUGGACGAUCAGGGUAACAUCCUGAUAAAGAGAUUGUGCAAAAGCAACGUCUACGUGAAAUGCACAAACCAAGAAGACAACGCUAUCGGUCCUGAAAUAAUCAGAAAUUCUCAGGGUGCGUUAGAGCACGAGAAACCGGGGAAGAUAUUUGACAUGAACAAAUACCAGAUCAACUUGUCUCGAGAGACUCGACGGGCGUAUCCGGACAGACGGAGACUCGAAACGCAGUGCCUAAGCGCCAUUGUCUUUGUCAGGACCGAAGCAGACCUCCUGCAAUGCCCCGUAUGGGUUUUAAUUGUAAAUGUCGUCGGACUGGACAUGCUCAAGUCAAAAUUACCCCCAGUUCUAGCGCUCCAAAGACCGGUAGACAUUAAAAAUCGACCUAGAAUACCGAUUCCGGAUGAGGAUCCUUACAGCGUAGCAGGUAUUUCUUCAUCCUCCGGGCCAAACGAAAGACUGCAAGGAGCGACAAGACUUGAACGUGACCAAAUCUACAUGCAGUCCACCAGUUUUCAACAUCGACGUGGAGAGAGACCUCCCAAACUUCCUCCCAGAGAAAAUCUUUACGGCCACGAUAUUCCCAAGCCCGAUUAUGAUGACAUCGAAGACGAUUACGUGAGCAGUAUAAGACCCGCUUCGGUGAUAAAGGAUGAAAAGAAAAGUAAAAAGGUCGACAAUAAGAAGUACGAUGACCCCUAUUACUGCGGUCUGAGAGCUCGAGUUCCAAACUUUGUGAAAAUGGCAAAGAACGGUCACAGCAAACAGAGCCCCGGAUCUCAUUACGGACAUGUGAGAGCGCAGGUGCCUCCGAACUAUGUGGGUGUGGGUGGAGGCUACGUCAGUAGCAGCAAUUCGUCGCAGAUAUAUGGACACCACGGCCCGUCCAAAAGACCGCCAAUAAUGUACCACGCGAGAAGUUUCGAGAGCGGACUUGAUUCAGACGAGAGGAUUGAUUCUCCGUACAACCACAUUUACGGACGUCUUCCUAUACCCACGAGAGGCGUAAUGCCCCCGACACCUCGCGCGAUGUACAUCGGAGAAUGGGAUUAACGAUUAACGACAGAAUAUUACCAUAUUUGUACUUACACACAUUGUAUAUUGCCAAUAUACCGCAUAAAUACUCAUAUUUUAUAUGCCAUUA